AAGCUCAAAUCGUGAGAAGGGUCUGGCUGCAGACUGUGGGCGAUUGGAGCUCCACUCUCAAACAGGAAAUACGUCACCUCCACUUCGCGGGUGAGGUCACGUAUAUAUGCGCUCGGUUAAAUAAAUAUAUAUAUUAAUAUAUAUGCGCUCGGUCGCAGUCAUAGACAGUAUAAGACCGCAGUAGAGGUGACGUAUAUAUGCGCUCCGGCGCAGUGGAGGUGACGUAUUUCCGCUUUUGAAUGGAGCUCCACUCGCCCCGUAGUCUGCAGCCAGCCCCUAUUGCAAAUAGUGCAAAUAGACGGUUUUAUCUGGACGCACGCGCGUUGCCAGGGUUACGCGCUGGCCCGAAGUUAACUUCCGGUCUGUGUUUGUUUAUCAUAACAAAGUAACGUUACUUCUACACUCUUUGUCGGUAAUAUGGCGCCGACUACAAACGCAGUUAAAAUUAAGGUGAUGAGUAGACCGAAGUUGGGCUCAGGUUGUUGUGCUGUGGGAUGCAACCUGACCUCUGGAACAAAUACCUUAUCGAAAAUAAAAAUGUUUCGGUUUCCUAAAAACGAAGGGAGACGGCGAGCAUGGAUCACCGCUGUGCGAAGAGAGGCUUGGCAGCCAGGCAAGAAUUCAAGGAUCUGUAGCACUCACUUCGUUACAGGUGCGCCAUCAGUGGACCCAUGCCAUCCAGAUUAUGUUCCAUCAAUUUUCGCUCAUAAAAACACCAUUGAUGGUUCACAGAAGUUGGAGCGAUACCAGAGGAGACAGAGGAGACCAUCUGUGGUUGAGUCUAUGGAUUCACCUUCCUUAGAGGUCACCCAUGCUGACCUUGAAAAAGGAUGCACUGCUAUGUUCAUCAUGAGAGAGCAGGUGGAUGUGAUUCACGCUGGAGAACAGCAGAUGCUGCAGACACCAGUGAAGAUUGAAGUGAAGCAGGAGAUAAAAGAGGAAAACACAACAGAGGAACAACAGACUGAUGAAGAUGAUGAUGAAAUCAAAGCAGAAGGACAACAGACUGAUGAAGAUGAUGAUGAACAGCAGAUGUUGCAGACACCAGUGAAGAUUGAAGUGAAGCAGGAGAUAAAAGAAGAAACCACAACAGAAGAAGAACAGACUGAUGAAGAUGAUGAUGAACAGCAGAUGCUGCAGACACCAGUGAAGAUGUGUUCAGUGAAGCUGCUGGACUGCAGGAACCUGAUGAAGAUAAGAGGAGAAACCACAGCAGAGGAACAGAGUGAUGAAGAUGAUUUUAUUCCUUCAGAGCUGAUGGAUGUGAAAGAGGAACGUGAAGAACUGAAUGAAGUGGAGGAGGAACAUCAUGAUUUCAUAACUGGAGAAAAAUCUUUGAGUUGCCCGAAGAAUAAAAAUAAUUUCUCACCAAAUAAUCCUCAAAGGAGAGCAGCCAAGAAAUCUUUCGCCUGCUCUCAGUGUGGAAAGAGUUUCACAUGUAAAAGAGAUCUUAAUAUACACAUGAAAAUUCAUACUGGAGAGAGACCUUACACGUGCCAUCAGUGUGGAAAGAGUUUCACAAUUAAAGGCCAUCUUAAUACACACAUGAGAGUUCAUACUGGAGAAAAGCCUUACACGUGCCAUCAGUGUGGAAAGAGUUUCACACUUAAAGGCAAUCUUGAUAGACACAUGAGAGUUCAUACUGGAGAGAGACCUUACAUAUGCCAUCAGUGUGGGAAGAGUUUCACAAAUAAAAGCCGUCUUAAUGCACACAUGAGGGUUCAUACUGGAGAGAGACCUUACAUAUGCCAUCAGUGUGGAAAGAGUUUCACAAUUAAAAGCCGUCUUAAUGCACACAUGAGAGUUCAUACUGGAGAGAGACCUUACACCUGCCAUCAGUGUGGAAAGAGUUUCACAAUUAAAAGCUGUCUUAACGCACACAUGAGAGUUCAUACUGGAGAGAGACCUUACACGUGCCAUCAGUGUGGAAAGAGUUUCACAAUUAAAAGCCGUCUUAACGCACACAUGAGAGUUCAUACUGGAGAGAAGCCUUACACGUGCCAUCUGUGUGGAAAGAGUUUCACACUUAAAGGCAAUCUUGAUAGACACAUGAGAGUUCAUACUGGAGAGAGACCUCACAUAUGCCAUCAGUGUGGGAAGAGUUUCACAAUUAAAAGCCGUCUUAAUGCACACAUGAGAGUUCAUACUGGAGAGAGACCUUACAUAUGCCAUCAGUGUGGAAAGAGUUUCACAAUUAAAAGCCUUCUUAAUGCACACAUGAGAGUUCAUACUGGAGAGAGACCUUACACGUGCCAUCAGUGUGGAAAGAGUUUCACAAUUAAAAGCUGUUUUAAUACACACAUGAGAGUUCAUACUGGAGAGAGACCUUACAUGUGCCAUCAGUGUGGAAAGAGUUUCACAAUUAAAAGCCGUCUUAAAGCACACAUGAGAGUUCAUACUGGAGAGAGGCCUUACACGUGCCAUCAGUGUGGAAAGAGUAUCACAUUUAAAAGCCAUCUUAAUACACACAUGAGAGUUCACACUGGAGAGAAGCCUUACACGUGCCAUCAGUGUGGAAAGAGUUUCACAAUUAAAAGCCAUCUUAAUACACACAUGAGAGUUCAUACUGGAGAGAAGCCUUACACGUGCCAUCAGUGUGGUAAGAGUUUCACACUUAAAGGCAGUCUUGACAGACACACAAGUGUUCAUACUGGAGAGAGACCUUACACGUGCCAGCAGUGUGGAAAGAGUUUCACACGUAAAAGCCAUCUUGAUAAACACAUGAGAGUUCAUACUGGAGAGAGACCUUACACGUGCCAUCAGUGUGGAAAGAGUUUCACACUUAAAGGCAGUCUUGACAGACACAUGAGAGUUCAUACUGGAGAGAGACCUUACCCGUGCCAUCAGUGUGGAAAGAGUUUUAUAAUUAAAGGUGAUCUUAAUAUACACAUGAGAGUUCAUACUGGAGAGAGACCUUACCCGUGCCAUCAGUGUGGAAAGACCUUUAUUACAGCCAGUGACUUGAAUAAGCACCAAAUAAUUCACACUGGAGAGAAACCAUACAAGUGCUCACACUGUGAAAAGAGUUUCAAUCGCUCAGCAAACCUGAAAACACAUGAGAGAAUUCAUACUGGAGAGAAACCAUACAACUGCCCACAUAGUGACAGCAAGCAAGAAUCAUCUUCUGGUCCAAUGAUAUCGCGUAAAUAGUGAAUGUGUGAACAAAGCAUAUGUGCCUCCUAACCAAACUAUUGCAUGUGCAGCCGUGUCUUAAGACGAGACCAUCCUGCAGUGCAACGAAUGCAGUGUUAACAUGACAUGAAAGUUAACAUCACUGAAUACUGACUAUUCACACAAUGCCUAAAUAAAUAAAACUAUAAAUAUAUAUAGUUGCUUAAAAAUCAAAAGUGUGUAGGGUCAUUAGAGAACCAAGGUGUGUAAUUGUGUUUUUUUUGUUAGCCCUUUCAUAUAUAAUAUUUUGUUUCAUAGCUAUAAAAGUUUCCUAUCACAGGAUAUUUCUUUAUGACAAGAGGAAUGAGUGUUAUAUUCAUACAGAUAAAUACUGUAUUACGUUGAUUUUAUGUGCAACAAUGGUGAAUCAUCAGUAUCCCACAUGUGUGUACAGAUUCAGAUUAUACAUGCUAUUUCUGACCUUAUUUACAUCUGACAUUGUUAUUGGAUGAAGAAACAAUGUGGAAGUAAACUAUAGCAAGUUUAACACAUGAACAGUGUGAUAUGGAUAUUGUCAUUUGGGUGAUUUACUGAAAUUAUUAUUAAGUUGUGCAUCAAUUUAGACUCAUUAAGUACCUGAGAAAAUAAUUAUGUGUAGCUUAUUUUUAUCUUAUGUGUUAUGUGUAGCUCAAUAUGUGUUUGACAGCAAGUUGUGUCAUGACAUUUCAGUGUGAUAAUAAUGAAUCCUGUUGUAGAUUUUUCUGAUUUGUUGCAUUCUCUCUUUUAUAUAUGAAAAAUAAAACAAAAAAGAGUGGCAUAAAGUCAAUGUGAAAGACUGGUAGAGAGCAUGCCAAGACUGAUUGAAGAUCAGGAUUAUUCCAGCAAAUAUUGAUGUAUGAACUCUUUCUAAGUCAAAACAUUAGUAUUGUGUUGUUUAAAAAUGAAUGUGAACUUGUUUUCUUUGCAUUAUUGGAGGUCUGAAAACAUCUUUUUUGUUAUUUUGACCCGUUGUCAUUUUCU